GGGACACGCCCCCGGAGGGGAGGGAGGGAAGACAGGAUACGCCCCUACCCCAGGUGUCCCGCCGCCUUCCCCCUCCCUUCAGGGACAAUUCUGACAAUCUUGGGUUUCCACUUCCCGAGCCCAUUAAGUGUCUUCCCAGUCUUCACUCCCCCCAAAAUGCGGCAACACUGCCCGUGAUCCUGGGUCUGGAAGCCAGGGUUGGCCGUCUGUCUCCCCCAGGAGGGCUCCGGAGGAAAAUAUCCGCGGCGCCUACUUCGAGUCCUCCCAGGCCCGGGAGGAAGAUGGCGUCCACCAUUGCGAGAAGCCCUGCCUGCCCCUCUAGCCGCAGCUAGUCCCGUCUCUAUGGCCUCCACUGAGUUCUAUUCUACUUAAAGGGGAACUUCCCAGGAUGCAUCGCAGCGGUCCCGGUUCUCGCUAAGAUGGCGACUCCCAUGCAUCGACUUAUAGCCCGGAGGCAGGCGGAAGCAAAUAAGCAACAUGUGAGAUGUCAGAAAUGUUUAGAAUUUGGACAUUGGACAUAUGAAUGCACAGGAAAAAGAAAAUACUUGCAUAGACCUUCAAGAACAGCAGAACUUAAGAAAGCUUUAAAAGAAAAAGAAAACAGAUUCUUAUUACAACAAAGCAUUGGAGAAACUAAUACAGAAAAAAAGACCAAGAAAAAAAGGUCUAAGAGUGUUACUAGUUCCAGCAGCAGCAGCAGCGGGAGUUCAGCCAGUGAUUCUUCAUCAGAGAGUGAGGACUCCUCUACCUCUUCUUCCUCUGAUGACAGUGAUACUGAGGAAAGCUCUUCUACUUCAUCCUCAUCACCCUCCUCAACUAGUUCUUCCUCUUCCUCUGACUCUGAGUCAGACUCCAGCUCUUCCUCUAGUACCAGCUCCAGCACAGAUAGCAGCUCUGAUGAUGAGCCACCAAAGAAAAAGAAAAAGAAAUAGAAUUGCUUUAAGCAUCUCUGAUCAUUUAGGACUGAUGAAUUGACAAAUGCUAAUGUAUUUCUCAAAAGAGGAGUUGGUAUAUGUUGUGGCCAAAUGGAUUAACUAGUCAAAAUUUCUAUAAUUCAGAAGCUUUCUAAAUGUUUCACAUUUUAAGGGCAUAAAGGUUAUUGACAAAGUAUGUAUGUAAAAAGUAUUUUUUUUUAUUUUAAGAAUUUUGUUUCAUUUUUUUAUCUUAAAAACAUAUCUUUAAAAUUUAAUCAGAGCUGAAAUCCAUUAAAUCUGGUAUCUAUGUAAUGAAACGUGUAAACUUUUUCUCUUUGUGAUAUAAAUGCCAAACCUUGUUUAUACAUUGAUAUAUUGUAUAUGCUAACACUGGUUUCACUUCUUUUCAGAAUAAUUCUAUAAAAUAACUGGGAACAAUGAAUUUCUAAUGGUUUUGGCUAAAUAUUACUAUAUUAAUCAGAUUGAAUACAGUGUUACUACUAUGAAGGUGUCAUCCCAUUGUUAACAAUGUUAUAUUUCUAAGUUUAUCCUUAGAGGAUUUGUUGUUUCUGUGAUAUGGGUUUUUUUUUUUAAACUUAAUGUCAGAAAUGAAAUGUAAUGAGAUCUGUACUAAUCUAGUAGAUGUUUUUAUUUGUGGGAAACAAUUUGCAACUUGCUGGGGUUUCUAUUUUAUUUUCUUCUGGUUCCCUAGAUGCUCAGAGCCAUACUAUUUUGGAGAUAGAAUAUCUGAUAGGAAAACAAUCAUCUUGAGUAAGCUAAAGGGAGAAGAAAAAGAAAAUUGAAAUUGCUUAGUUUAAUCUUGGUGCCUUUUGAUAAAAAUAUAUGAUAAUAGAAGCAAGAGGUUGCAUGAAAGUCUGGAUUAAAUGUUGGGGUUUUUUGGCACUUAAAUGAAUAUAUAUACACAUGUUAUAUAAUCUGAAUAUAUUCAUUGGGUGAAUGUGUGUGUGUGUGUGUGUGUGUGUGAAAUCUGAAAUAAAAUGCUAACAAAGUUACCAUUCCAGAAGAAUGGCAGAUAAGGGGGAGAUGGGGAAUGAAAUAGAGGAUUUUUUUUUUUACAAAGUUGAGACAAAAUAAGUUGCCUUUUAAUUUCAAAGUACCCAAAAGAAGAUUCUUUCCCUAUACUAUUUUUGCAGUUAUUGUGUUGCACAAUUCCCAUGGUACUGGCGUUGUAAUGAAGAACAUAUGUUGGAUACAUCCAAAAUGUUUACAUAAACAGAACGUACACAGUUGAAAUCCAGCAUGAAAGAUGCAGGUUAAAAAUAAAGUAUUAUAGAGUUACACUUCUUAGUAGAUAACAAUUUGUUGUGAUGAGUUUAAUCAGUUGACAGUCAUUUUUAUCCUGUGAUGUAGUCUUUUAAGUUGAUUAUUGAUGAUAUUCCCUUUUUGGGGGGAGGAUGCAACAAUUGUGGGAAAAGUUUCAAAUAUCCUGAUUUUUGUUUCACUGUAGUGAAAACUAUGGAUAUUCAACUAUUUUUAUAUUUUUAUGAGAAAGUAGUGUAGAGUUACUUUUAAAUAAAAUGUGCUUCUAUUUAAAUGUUCAAAAAUAAGUAUCUUGUCAGUCUUAAGGAGUCAGUAAUUAUUUGUAUGUUUUACAGAAUCACUUGGAAAGAUUGUAAAUAAAUUAUUAGAACAUUAUUUGAAAGACUCGUGUUAAAGAAUGUACCAGUUAACAGAGAAACAAUAAAUUAUCCAACAAGCACAAUUUA